AUGCCAAAGUGCCGACAGGUGGCCUGCUGUCGCGAGGAGGCAACAGCUCUGCGGGAGUAUCUCACGGAGGUUGGCGCCCUGAGCGUUGCUAGAUUCCUUGCCAAGCUCCACCGUCGGCGCUUUGAGGCGGCAAGGGCAGCUCACCCCUGGGAGACAGGCGUGCAGCUUGUAGAUGUGCUGACUACCAGCGACGGACUGGCCUUCGGGGUCGGCGUCUACAGCGGUGCUGUAGAGGUUUUGGCGCUCUCGGCGUGCAGCAAGGUGGCUGGCCGGCCAGUGAAGAAAGUGCUGCCAGCGCUUCGAGCCUUGUACCCCGGACACAUCUACGUACACGGCGGCUACGACGGCCAGCGCCGCCUACUCUCCAUCGAGCGCUUGGCACCAUUUGGUGAUUGCUGGGAGCCACUGCCUCCGAUGUCUGAUCGACGAGCUGUAGUGGCAGCAGACGUAGUUGCCGGGAAGCUGUACGUUUGCGGUGGCUGGGACGGGGAGCACCGUCUUAGCCAAGUCGAGCGCUACAACAUCGCUGCCGGCUGUUGGGAGCAGUUGCCGCCGAUGCUCGAGAGGCGAAGUCAUCCUGCAGUGGCUACUCUUUGCGGCAAGCUCUACGUUUCCGGCGGCUUUGACGGCGCGGAGAGUUUGAGCUCGGUCGAGUGCUUCGACCCUUCUACGGCUAGCUGGUGUUGCCUUCCGCAAAUGCAGGUGCGUCGAAGACGCGCGAUUGCAGUCGUCAUGGCAGCGAAGCUCUACAUCUGUGGUGGCUUCGAUGGUGCGGGGCAGCUGAACUUUGCGGAGAGCUAUGACCCGCAGGUAAAGAGAUGGGACAUGCUCCCGCCGAUGCUUGCAAGACGUGUUGUGAGUGCUGCAGAAGUUAUUUCCGGCAAGUUGUACGUUUUUGGCAGCGAGGAUGAUGCCCGAGUUGUCAGCUCUGUCGAGUGCUACGAUCCAAAGUGCUCGCUCUGGGAGGCGCUGCCACCGAUGCUCUCUCGUCGAGUUGGGGCUGCUGCUGCUUCCGUUGCGGGCUGCUUCUACGUCUGCGGGGGAUGGGAUGGACGUCAGCGUCUCGACUCAGCUGAGCGAUAUAAUCCUGCCUCGGCCGCGUGGGAAGCUCUGCCACCCAUGAGCGAGAGGAGAGAUCGAGCUGCAGUCGCCACCAUCGCUGGACGGCUCUACGUCUGUGGAGGUUUCGAUGGUGAUGCCGACCUCAGGACUGCGGAGUGCUUUGACCCCAGCUCUGGUCACUGGCUGACUCUGCCACCAAUGCAAGAGAGGAUUGACUGGGAGCCGCAGUUUGCUCUUUUCGUUGUAGACGAAGCACCGAUUGCUUGGGGUAUCUUCGAACUUCCAACGAACGUGUGCCAAGUGAGCUUCCGUGUCGGAGUGCCCAUGCUGUUUUUUCAAACGGCAUCUCUGGAGACUGGCCAGAUGCGUUUGGGCGAGAGGAAGAGUUUAGAUUUGAGGAAAGCAGGUUCCGCGGUAUCUGAUGAGGAAAAGGUGUCCAUUCUCUCAAAAGCUAGAGCCGGACAGCCACCUCAUCUCAUCGUGGACUUGCACAUAGAUGAUGCCACGGAGAUCGGUAUGUGGAUGAAGGCUCUACAAAGUGUGCUCAAAGGCACGGAGGCGACUCCAGACGAGAACCAAGGAGGCGAUCGCUUGAGUCCUGCGGGGUCGCAGAAGCAUCCCACCUCGGCAUUGCCCUCGGCAAGGUCUCAGGCAUCUUCCGAGGUGGAGGAAGAAUGUGUUUUGCUACGAGCGAAAAGCCAGAAACUGCAGCAGCGAAUCGCCGGCCUUGAGGCGAUCAGUGGGCGCCGCGAGAAGCAAAUGAAGAAGCUCCUCAAGCGCUUGGACGGCGCCAUGCAGAUGUUGGAUGCCUUGCAGGACAUGUGCGGCCAACAACGGAAGGUGAUUUCGGCGCAACAGAUCGCCAUUUUGGCGCUCAAAGAUGAAGGCGCGAUUGAUGAGGCUGCAGAGGGCGACAAUGAGGACGAGGUUGACGAAGCAGAGGAGGAAGAGGAUGACGAAGAAGAAGAUGCAGAGGUUCCUUACGGGGGGGUAAGGCCCUUCGAUCCUGAGGUGCCGGGAAGCGAGCAGCAGAUCAUGGCCUUGCUCAAACAGGCGGAUGAGAUGGAGCGUGCCUUGCGGCAGAUCGAGGCGAUGGAGAGCGCCGGCAUCCUCAACGAGAACUUCAUGCAGGCUGAAGUGAAGGCUGAUCAGGAAGCUGAUCAAGGUGAAUCGGUGGAGGAAAUUCUCAACCGCUUCAAUACGCUGGAAAAGGAGAAAGCCAAAUUUGAGGAAAUGGUAAGACAAGCUCAACAGGGGAGGCGCCCGGCCUGA